ACUCCUUCCUACUUGACUUCCAAGCUUAUCUUCAACCCUAACCAUUUCCUCCAUUCGAAUCUCGCCGACCUAUUUCCCCUUUCUUCUUCCCCAAGACAAAUCACACACACAUAAUACUAUCCUCUAUGAACACCUUCAAUCUCACCGUUUCUGUAUCGUCGCCGUCUCUCCCUCUUUUUGCCCUAAUUUCAUCACUUUUUUCCGUUUCAGAGACGGCGACUUCAUCCACAACCUAUCCAUCGAUCGAUUGAUCCUUCGUGUUCGUCGAUUUCUAUCUGUCUUUGGUGAUUUUGCUUCAGGAUUUAUAGUUAAUUCUCUCGUGCGGUAUUCUAUAGAGCUGUAAUUACUAUAUGAUAGUAUUAGAAAUUUGUCGACUUCAAGCUAUUACAGGGAGAUAGUCGCACAAUAACGAAGUGAAGCUGAACUCAAAACAUGGACAGGCAAUUUCUUCAGCAUCUAGUUUUGAAAAAUGUACAAAACACAAAGUAGUUAACUUUUAGACUUACUAGUGUAAAUAAGAUUAACCAUAUAGAAAAAAUGUCAUCAAAGAUCGUAAAGGUGGCGGAGAAUGGGCGUAGAAUUUUCAUUGACCCGAAGAGGAAAGCAGGUCCUACCAACAAGUCUUUAAGUUCGAGACCACCAUUGAACAAGCUUGGAAAGAGAAAAAGAGCAAAUGAAUGUGAAAACAAAUUUCUGAAAAACUACUCAAAUUUUAUGAAGAGUGGCCUUCCACAACGUUUGUUGUUCUCUCAAGAUGGUCAAUGGGUUGACUUUUCACAAGAAGUCGUUAAACUUGUCAAAGAAGACUUCCGGUUGAAACGAGCAGCGAUUGAAGUGGAUUACAACGGGUGCCAUUUCAUGCUAGACGUUUUACGUAUGAUUCAGGUUGAUUUGAAAACCGGUGCGCAGAAGCCGAUUGCGUGGAUUGACGAUGCGGGUAUUUGCGUCUUUCCUGAAUUAUAUUCUAGCUGUUACGGUAAUCGUGAAGAUUUAGAUCUCGCCGAAUCUUCAAAUACCCGUGAAGUCAAUUUGCAGUUAGAAAUCGAGCUUAACGGAUUAGAUAAUAACGAAGUUGAUGAAUGUGUGGGUGAGUCAAACGUUAAACGGGUCAAAGUUGAACAGGAAUUAUCAAACAACAUUCGUGAUCUUUCUAUUGAGGAAACCGCUAAAAGUAUGUUUAUUGCGGGUCUAGGUUCUGACAUGAAAGUUGACUUUCUUGAAGUCAAGAAAUGUUCUAGCGGUCUUAGGGAAGCACAACUUGAGCUCUUUCAGAAACAGGUUGAAAUUACCGAAAAGCUUCGUGGUAACGCUAAUGUGCAAUAUGGUUGGUUUGCUGCUGCUGCUGGUGCACUGUCUGGUGUUAUGUUUUACGGACGUAACGGGCCGAAGCUCGGGACGUAUGGCUACGGAAUUCACCUUGCAGCGGUUCAGUCUAAUUCUAACCAUCUUAGUACAUUGAUAUGUGAUGAUGACGAAAACGGAAUAAAGCAUAUGGUGCUCUGUCGUGUGAUUUUGGGGAAUGUGGAAGCGGUUCAAGCGGGGUCCACACAGUUCUCUCCAAGUGAUCAAUGCUUCGACAGUGGAGUAGAUGAUCUGCAUAAUCCAAAUAAUUACAUCGUUUGGAACUCUAAUAUGAACACACACAUAUUUCCUGAAUGUGUAGUCAGUUUCAAGACGUCUCCAACCAUCAAAGGUACAGGCCCAUUAAAAGGACAGGCCCAUUGUGCCAUUGCAGGGAAUCCAGUUGGUGAAGAAAGCAUGCCUCAUAUGUCAAGAGUCACUACAACUCAUGAUCCACAUGGACCCUCAAACCAAGAUUCCUCUUCAAGUAAUAAAAUGGGUAAAAGCGAGCCGCAAACUGAAGUUAUCAACUUGCUGCCUCAUGAAAAGGUUCCAAGUGUCGGUUCGAGCACACCUAAGGAGCCUAAAUCACCUUGGAUGCCGUUUUCUAUGUUGUUUGAAGCCAUCUCUCCUAAAGUAGCCCCGAAUGAUAUGAGAUUACUGCAAAUCUUUUACGAAUCUUUUAGGGCCAAAAACAUAAACCGGGAAGAAUUCAUUAGGAAGUUAAGAUCUGUUGUCGGGGACCAGAUACUGAGGUCUACCAUAUCCGUCCUCCAGACCAAGAAAAACCCCAAUUCUGCAAGCAUGUCGGAAGCCAAGAAGGAGGUGCAAGAAGGAUGAAAUGGUUAUAAACUUGAAGCUUUUUAAUGUUUUCCUUUUUCUAUUUUUGGAUUUUAAUGCAAUUGUUGAAAGAUGCUUGUAGAUUGGCUCAUGUUUCAUAAACUAAUGACGUGGGUGCUCUUUGAGUCUUGAAUCGCUGUUUUGGGUAUAAGGCUGGUUUCACUUCAGAUGCAUAUCCAAGUAUCUUAAUUAGUUAAGCAGCUUGGUGCUCGAUUUGUUUCU